AUGUCUCUAAAUCAUCUUCUAAAUCCACUAACAUCAACACCAACAUAUAUAAAAAUGACUCAAGAAUUUGAUUUCACUAACCAUUCCCAUCGUCGCUUGAAUUUAUUAACCAAUAAAUUUGUUUUGUGUUCUCCACAUAGAGCCAAAAGACCAUGGCAAGGUGCUAAAGAAGAAAUUAAAAAAUCUGCUUUACCAGAAUAUGAUCCCAAAUGUUAUUUAUGUCCAGGUAAUGUACGUGCUACUGGUGAUAUUAACCCUAAAUAUAAAGCUACAUAUAUUUUUACCAAUGAUUAUCCUGCUGUGAGGUUAGAUCAACCAGAAUACAAAGAAGAUGAACAAGAUAAACAAAACUCUUUGAAGAGCAGAUUAUUACAAACCCAGGGGGUAAGAGGUAAAUGCUUUGUUAUUUGUUUUUCUCCAAAGCAUAACUUGACAUUACCAUUAAUGAAAGAUGAAGAGAUUAAUAAUGUGGUGAAUGCUUGGCAAAAAUUAUAUGGUAACUUGAUUCAAGAAAGUAAUCAAGGUACUGCUCCUUAUAAAUAUUUGCAAAUUUUCGAAAAUAAGGGAGCAGCAAUGGGUUGUUCAAAUCCUCAUCCUCAUGGUCAAGCUUGGUGUUUAGAUGUGAUACCAACUGAAGUGAAAGAUGAAUUGGACAAUAUGUCAGAAUAUUAUAAGAAAUAUAAUUCACAUCUUUUAGGAGAUUAUGUUGAAUUGGAAUUACAAGAAAAGAAGAGAAUCGUUGCUGAAAAUGAUUCAUUUAUAGUAGUGGUACCAUAUUGGGCAUUAUGGCCAUUUGAAACUUUAUUAAUAUCUAAAACUCAUUUAAAAUCUAUUCAAGAAUUUAAUGAUAAACAAAAACUUGAUUUAGCUGCUAUUUUAAAAGUUUUAACUACAAAAUAUGAUAAUUUAUUUAAUACUUCAUUCCCAUAUUCAAUGGGUAUACAUCAAGCUCCAUUUCAAUGUACUCAUGAACAAAAUGAAUGUUCUUGGUUCCAUAUGCAUUUUUAUCCACCAUUGUUACGUUCAGCUACUGUGAAAAAGUUCUGUGUUGGAUUUGAAAUGUUAGGUGAACCACAACGUGAUUUGACUAGUGAACAAGCAGCUGCUAGAUUGCAAGAAUUGGAUGGGGAUGUGCAUUAUAUGAAUAAAUCUAAAGCAUAG